AUGCAAUCUAUGAGUAAGAGGCAAAUUGGCUGUUUUGUUGGCGCCAUCAAUGUCUUCUUGGUUGGCGAGAAGAUUGGUCGACGUAAAUGUCUUUUCAUCGGGGCCAUUCUCAUGGCCAUAGGUGCUAUCAUCCAGGCUACAGCUUUCCACGUUCCACAGAUGAUCGUUGGUCGGAUCGUUUGUGGCUGGGGCAACGGGUUUAACACCGCAACUACACCGCUAUGGGUGAGCGAGCUGAGCCCUGCUAAGUCUCGAGGUCGAAUGGUUGCUGCAGAGGGAAGCUUGAUCGCAUUUGGCAUCGUCAUCGCUUGCUACUUCAAUAUUGGCAUGUAUUAUGCUAAUGGGCCUGUGGUAUGGAGAACGCCCAUUGCAGCCCAGCUUAUCUUCAUCAUCGCCCAGGUUGCUCUGGUCAUGGUUCUACCCGAAUCACCCCGAUGGCUUUCUAAACAUGGGCGCCAUCAUGAGGCGAUUGAUAUCCUAGCACAGUUGAAGGGCCCCAAUACUCCUAUAAAUGACGUUGCGGUACUUAAGAAGAAGGCGGAGAUUGAUCAGGUCUUGUCCGUUGAGCAGGCUGAUGGUCCGAUGAGAGUGAAAGAAUAUAUAAGCAGCGGCCCUCUGAAAAUUCGUCGCCGGUAUAUACUCGCUAUUGGCAUCCAGGUCAUGCAACAGCUUAGUGGAAUCAACCUCCUGGCUGCGAUCCUCCAGAGCAACCCCACUGACUCACGAGUUAAAGCCUCACUUGCCUUCUUCUUCCUGUUUGAAGCUGUCUUCGCCAUUGGCUGGCUCCCUGUGCCAUGGCUGUAUCCUGCAGAGAUCAUGCCCUUGCGCCAUCGAACUCAGAGCGCAGCAAUUGCGACUGCUGCAGAUUGGAUCUUCAACUACAUGAUUGUGCAGAUCACGCCAAUCAUGAUUGGUGACAUUCGAUGGAAGUCAUAUCUCGUGUUUUUGCGCUGA